GGGACGAUGCGGCCGGAGCCCGGAGGCUGCUGCUGCCGCCGCCCGCUGCGGGCGAACGGCUGCGUGAAGAACGGGGAGGUGAGGAACGGGUACGUGAGGAGCAGCACCGCCACCGCCGCGGCUGCCGGCCAGAUUCAUCAUGUUACAGAAAAUGGAGGACUGUAUAAAAGACCGUUUAAUGAAGUGUUUGAAGAAACACCCAUGCUGGUUGCCGUACUCACAUACGUGGGAUAUGGGGUCCUCACCCUCUUUGGAUAUCUUCGAGAUUUCUUGAGGCAUUGGAGAAUUGAAAAGUGCCACCAUGCAACAGAAAGAGAAGAACAAAAGGACUUUGUGUCAUUGUAUCAGGAUUUCGAAAACUUCUAUACAAGAAACCUCUACAUGAGGAUAAGAGACAACUGGAAUCGACCUAUCUGUAGUGUGCCUGGAGCCAGAGUGGAUAUCAUGGAGAGAAAGUCCCAUGACUAUAACUGGUCAUUCAAGUACACAGGGAAUAUAAUUAAAGGUGUUAUAAACAUGGGUUCCUACAACUACCUUGGAUUUGCGAGGAACACUGGAUCAUGUCAGGAAGCAGCUGCCAAAGUUCUGAAGGAGUAUGGAGCUGGAGUGUGCAGCACUCGGCAGGAGAUUGGAAACCUGGACAAGCAUGAAGAACUAGAGAAACUGGUAGCAAGGUUCUUGGGCGUGGAAGCUGCUAUGACCUAUGGCAUGGGAUUUGCAACAAAUUCAAUGAACAUUCCUGCUCUUGUUGGCAAAGGUUGCCUGAUUCUGAGUGAUGAGCUGAACCAUGCAUCACUGGUUCUAGGAGCCAGACUGUCGGGAGCAACCAUUCGAAUCUUCAAACACAACAAUAUGCAAAGCUUGGAAAAGCUUUUGAAAGAUGCCAUUGUUUAUGGGCAGCCUCGGACAAGAAGGCCCUGGAAGAAAAUCCUCAUCCUUGUGGAAGGCAUAUACAGCAUGGAAGGAUCUAUUGUUCGCCUUCCUGAAGUGAUUGCUCUCAAGAAGAAGUACAAGGCAUACUUGUAUCUGGAUGAGGCACACAGCAUUGGGGCGCUUGGCCCUUCAGGGCGAGGUGUGGUAGACUACUUUGGCCUAGAUCCCGAGGAUGUAGAUGUUAUGAUGGGAACAUUCACAAAGAGCUUCGGUGCUUCUGGAGGAUACAUUGGAGGCAAGAAGGCGCUGAUAGACUAUCUUCGCACACAUUCUCACAGUGCUGUGUACGCCACGUCGAUGUCACCACCUGUGGUGGAGCAGAUCAUCACCUCCAUGAAGUGCAUCAUGGGACAGGAUGGCACCAGCCUUGGCAAAGAAUGUAUACAGCAGUUGGCUGAGAAUACCAAGUACUUCAGGAGACGCCUGAAGGAAAUGGGGUUCAUCAUCUAUGGCAAUGAAGAUUCCCCAGUGGUGCCUUUGAUGCUCUACAUGCCAGCCAAAAUCGGUGCCUUCGGGCGGGAGAUGCUGAAGCGGAACAUUGGUGUAGUUGUGGUGGGAUUUCCUGCUACCCCGAUCAUUGAGUCCAGAGCCAGAUUUUGCCUGUCAGCAGCUCAUACCAAAGAAAUACUUGAUACGGCUUUAAAGGAGAUAGAUGAAGUUGGGGACCUGCUGCAGCUCAAGUACUCACGCCGUCGGCUGGUGCCUCUGUUGGACAGGCCCUUUGAUGAGACGACCUAUGAGGAGACAGAAGACUGAGCCUUUUUGGUGCUCCCUAGAGGGAGAAACUCCCUCCCAGGACAGCGUGUGGCCUUUCUGAGCCAGUUCCAGGAACCACACUUCAGUGACCACCUCAUGUGAAAGACAGUUCUGAAGCUACUGAAGGUGGCCACCUCCACUCCAAAUGGCAUUUUGUAAAUAGUAAAAACAAACAAACUGCUUCACAUUCUUCCUUUGUUUGCUAAGUCUCACCUUUAUAUAUAUAUAUGAUUACUUUGUCCAUUAAAAAUGUUUUAUUUUAUAACUAUUCUAUUUGUGAAAUCAAGCUAACCCUUGCCUGUGGCUUACCACACAGGCAUUCCCCACUCCCCAUUCCAGCCACCUCAUGGGCUUGGAUCCAUCAAGACUUACCCUGGCCCUGGCUAUCCAGCCUCGAGACUAACUGGCCCUCUCCCUAGGGAGCAAGUGCCUUCUGCUGACUUCCCGUCCAGGUCUCGGAGGUUGCCCCCAUUGUAACCCUUAUUUAACCAGUCAAGUUAAUCAACCAAAGCAUUCUGUCUUUAGUCUUAAAUGUUAACAAUGCCAAGAGGUUUGUUAUGUGACUCCCCCUGGCCAAGGACCUCGCUGGACUGCUCUUACUCUGUUUUUUGUUGUUGUUCUGAUCACCAAAUAAUUUAUUCAUUAUCAGGUAUUUCUUCAUAUGGUCACAGACUGAAGAUGUGUCCAGAGUUUGGAUUCGUCACCAGAUCGAACUCUAAUGCUUCCCACCUCCAAAGUUAGGACAGCCUCUGGCUGGUUCUGGGUCCAGAUUAGGAUCUGCCCUGGUAAAGGGAAGUGUUGGUCAGUCCUCUCUCUGCCCGCGUUCCCCUUCCCGAUCGUUAGUGGUCUAGGUUCUCCCUGUGGAUGCCGACCACUUGAGCAGUGCUCCUUCCUCCAAAUGCCAGUUCUUCUGCUCCUAAUGUCCUAAGACCACUUUAACCCAGCAUCUGGGGCUGCCUUCUCUUGUGCUUCCAUUGGACACUUGGUUUCCUUGAGGCAUUUCUGAUCAAAUACCUCUUUCCUAAACUGGAAUAGCCUCUGUUUUCCUGUCACCCCCAGGUCAGGGACUUCAUCCAGAGCUUUGUGCGGCUUGACCAAAGAACACAUCUGAAGAGCACCGUUGAAAGCUACUUUUUUCUUUUGACCAAAGCUGAGUUGCAGAGAACUUUUGACUUUAUUGUUACUGAAGAUGCAUUUGUCUUUUAGUAGUGAUCAAGUGUUAUAGGGAACGGUUGAGAACAGAAUGAAAAGAACUGUAUAAAAGUGUUUCUGUAUGUCAUUCUUUAGAAUUAUCCUGUUUAUUGGUAAAGAUGCCCCCACUGAAUUCUCCUGGGGACCUAAUUGUCAGCUGCAGAGCCUGGAAGAGAAGACAGAAGCAGUGUUGUUUGUGAAGCUCUCUUUUCAUGCCCUGGAUCGCCGCCAUCUUUGGCCCUCUUGACCUCUGUGAGCUUUCAUCCCCUGAGAUGGUCUGAGGCUGUAUGUGGCUCUUUUAAAGAAUAGAAAAGAAGCUAAGCAGUGGUAGCACACCUUAAAUCCCAGCAUUCGGGAUGUGGAGGCAGGCAGAUCUCUGAGUUCGAGGCCAGCCUGGUCUACAGAGUGAUUUCCAGGACAACCAAAGCUGUUAGACAAAAAAAAAUCCCUGUCUCAAAUCUCACCCCCACACUCCAAAAAGAGAAUGGAAAUGGAUGCAUAACCUAGGUGUGGUAGCCUAUGCCUUUAAUCCUAGCACUCAGGAGGCAGAGGCAGGUAGAUCUCAGUGAGCUUAAGGACAGCAAGGGCUGAUAGUGAAACCUGUCUCAAAAGAAAAAAAAGAAAGAAAGAAAUGGUAAGUGGAAGAACCACAGAAAGAGACAAGAGCUACAUUUAUAAAAAAAGAUUCCAUAACUAAGUCUUAUGAAACUCAGAACACCUUGCUCACUCUCCCCCAUAGAAUCCCACUGGAAUGCCAAGUAUAGUUACUGUUUAAUGAUGUAGAUCGAGGCCUUGCAGAAGUAGCAAAUGUUAAGCGAUGAACCUGCCUGCUAGUCUUUCAGCUUACGUAAAGUCACUUCAAAUUAAAGUGCUCUUGACCGGCAUUUAAAUUUUUAUGUGUAUCACUUGGUUGGUACAAAGUUUACUUGAAGCUAAAUGUAAUUAAGUUACAAGUUUAUUUUGAAGAGGACAAAACAGUGUAUGCACAUUAUAUGUGACUGGUUAUUUGUAACUCUGUAAUAGAAAUCUUGGGUCCAGUCAUGUCAUAGGUCAUUAUCCAAAUUUUGGACUGAUACAAGGCCAUAAUAGUCGAGCAUUUGAGAAUGAGUAGAAGUCUGGACCUUAAAGAGAUUCAAACAUACAAGUCAGCCAUCACCACCAGAGCUGAGUGCCGAUUGGUCUGCAAGGCGUGACUGAUCCUAGCACUUUGCGUCAUGCUUUUCGUUUUGUCCUUAUUCAUUUCAUGUUUGUAAGAUCCACUUCACAGCCAAUCAGAAUCAUGCGUAAGACAUGGCCCAAGGAGCAGGGGCAGUGAGCAUCUCCUCUCUGUGGUGUCCUUGAUUAAGCAUCCAGCCCUCUUCAGUUCUUCAUCCAUGCUCUUCAACUCUUCUGGUCCAGGCAGUCUUCAAAAUCAGCCUUCUUCCUUGAGUUGUCCUGCCCCACACCCUCCUGUAGGCUGGUAGGCUGCAGGGUGGAACAUCCUCGUAGUGAUCGCCUCUGGUCUUUCACUCACCCUCUCUGUAGCUUCUGCUGCUUGGUGGUUGGGAUUCUAGCCCCAGAGAAGACUUGACAUGUGCUGGUGCAGAGUUGGGGCCUGUGCUGUAGACAGCCUGCUCCUUGCGUGCCUAGCCAUGUACUUCAGUGAUUGUCAGGGGACUUUUUCUUCCUUUUUUAAUUGAGGCCAUCCAUAUCUGAGUCUCCGUGACUGGCAGGGUGUGGUCAGGUUACCUGGUGUGUAAUGUACUUUGCAAAAAGCGAGAUGAACAGCUCACUUAGAUUUUCCAACUCUUUGGACAAGAGGGAAAUGAUUGCUACCACCUCCCUUUUCCCAAAUUGAGGAGUCUGCCUAAUUGUCUGUAGUAUGUUUGACAAAACCCCAUAGAAAAGAAAAACAACUGGUUCUCCUGUGUGAAUGAUUGCUGUGGGUCAGGUAUGGUACACACCUGUAAUCCCAGUACUUAGGGGACAGAAGCAAGAGGACCUCCUAGAAUUCUCUGGAUUAGCCUGGGCUACAGGGUAAGACUCUUAAAUAAAAUAGUGGAUUGUUAUGACUGAGUACCAGGACGCUGUUGCAGGUGAGAAAUACCUAGGUGUUCCUGUUGCUUUGUUUCCAAUGUGGCUUUAGAAAAAGAGGGAGAAUUGUGCUUUUUUUCUGACUGCCCUGUGCCUGUAAUGACCAGGAGCUGUGGAGUGUUUUUCACAGGUGAGAUCACCUUAGCCUGGGGCUAUGAACAGAGAGGUUUAUGAAAAUCAGGAUUCUGCUUGUCAAAGAACCUAUGGCCCCACCCCCACCCCAGUUCCAGAACCUAUGGACAGGCUGUUACCUGUAAGCUCAGUGCCCAGCAGGCAUCUUAAUCCGUUAAGCCGGUCAAUCAAAAUACCUUCCAUGUGGAGAAAAGCAUGUCCUUUCUCCCCUCUGCCUUAGCCACAUGAAUUGUGUGCUCGGGCUCCUGGCCAGCUGCCGUGUCCAGCCUGAUAGCCGACUCAGAGCCCAGAGAAGUGCUAGGGCCUGCCAGUGAUCCCUUCCUUCUCUUGUCCUGCCUGCAAAAUGCUGUUGUUCCUUUUGUAGUUUCCGGUGACUUCCGCAGAGUGAAGUGUUUCUAGGAGGGAAACAAGGAGCCAACUUAAGCCCUUCAUGAAAAUGACCAUUUUCAUCAAUGCUGAGUCUGGAGGUUUUCCAUUCACAGUUCACCCUUCGGAGUAGCUUGGGGGUAGGGGAGCGGUGGGUAAGAUUCUGUUUACUACGGUAUGGCCUUACAUUGUUACUGUUUCUGGUAUAAUGGAUUGUAAUAAACUGACCCUGAAGAGUGCCGAGGCCCUUACCCCCGCAGUCACUGUUUUUAAUGAAGCAAUCCCGAAAGCUCUGUUUGGGGAGCGGUGUGGGAGGUGGAAUGAAAGGUGUCUGCACCCGGGUGGGAUGCUGAGUGUCUGCUUACUUACCGUCCGUUCUCCCCAUGUGCAAGGGAACUCCCGGCAACCCAGAGUCCAGAGUCCAGCACGGUUCCCGGGUCUCUCGUGCAGUUCCUGACUGUUUGGCGCAGGUUCUUCCAACCGAGUGGAGGCUGUACCACCAAGUGGGGUGGAGUAGUGACUUACCUUCCCCCUUAACAUUGUACCUCAGGAUGGGUUUAGCCAGUAGUUGGAAUUGAGAGCUUCCUCCCUGUUGAGUCUCUUCGCAGGGCAUGGAAGCCUUUACUAUAGUCUAGCCUGCGUGCCACAGUCUUGAUCCCUCUCUGUACAAAGGCAGCUAACAAGAAGGGAUGGAGGGGAAGAGGAGAGCAGGCGUCUAUGGGGGAGCUGACUUAGGGCGGUCCUGUUGACCCACGUUUCCCCACUGACCAGGUUACUGUAAACUGGAAUCUGCAAGGCGUACUGUGAUCUACCCCUUGCCAUUGUUGCCAUGUCCUUAUCUACACCUGGGAAUGUGGGGACCUUUUUCAUCGAGUCAUGUCUCACCAACGCCACUCUUCUGUAGCCCGCUGCCUUCUUGCCAGAUGAUGAUUUUUUAAAAUUUCAUUUUAUAUCGGAUGACUGUGAAGCUAUCCAUAGUAGGCUGUGGAGGGUGUCGAUUUUCAGAGUGCAUGUUAAGAAUUCACAGGGGACCUACUUGAUAUGAAUCAUCCCACAAAUACUGUUUUGCCCUAAUAAAAUGUUCAGAAAUAGA